AAAGAUCUUGUCAUCAUAGAACAAGGAGGCAUAUACCUUUAACUGCCAUUUUCAUAACUAUCCCAGAUGUGAGACUAUGACAAACUAAGAAGAUGCCAGUGGAUUACUUAACAUUUAGUUGAUUAAUAAAGGAAACACUACAGUGAAAAAGAUGGCAGAUGGCAGCUACAAAUGCCAUGACUGCCAUAUGACUUUUGGAUCAUUGAAUUUACUUCAGAAACACAAGCAGAAGUUUUGUGUGGGAGGUUCUGUUGGGGAUCCUGACAGUUUACGACUACGGAAAGGACUAUGGUCAGCUGAUGAUCCUCCCCCCAGACCCUAUACCCCUGAGGAGAGGCCAUUGUCUGGAGGGGAGAAACUAGCGGCAAAGGAAUAUCAAAGAUAUAAUCCAAACCAGGAAGCCCAGCUGAAACAGCUGGCAGAAAAUCAUGGGAGACAGAUGGAAUAUCUACAGCUCCGGAAUAGGGAUCUGGAGAAACAAAAGGAGGACAUACAGAGGAGGCUUUCAGAAUUGGGAAAUAAGGGCCGCCCCACUGGUGGGGAGGACUCGGCACAAUUGUUGGCUGAGCUGAGGGCACAGGAGGAACGAAAUCAGAGGGCUCUAGAGGACCUCAAACGACAGUUGUAUGAUAUCAACCACCAAAGGGUCAACAUCAUAGAGGUGGAUAAAGGACACCCCCUCCCCCCUCCUCCACCUCCCCCACAACCAGAAACUGGACGGAAGUCUUACGUUUAUCCCAUUUACUAUGGCAACUCUAUGGUAGCAGAGAUAAGUGCCAUACGACAGGCAUACCUACAGAACGGUGGUAACGAUCCCGAUAUUCUCCAACAGAUGGCACAAAUGCAAGCCGAGGCGCAGAAUAUAGAGGAUCAGAUGAAAAGAGCUGGAUAUGACAAUCGACACCGAGAGAAAAAAGACACAGGUCAGAUUACUCAAUUGGAGUUAGAGAAUGAACGACUUCAUAGGGAGCUGAUGCUUUUACAAGAACAGAACAUAUUAGCACGUGAAAGGAAGAAAACUGAGCGAGAAGAGGAACUAGAGCGACAGCUUCGACAGCUUAGAGAGGACCAAUUAAGGAAAAUGUACGAGCUUCAGAACGAAAUCAAUCUCCUUAAGAAUCGUCCACCUGUAGAGAUCACGCGGCCCCAAAUUCUUCCCCCUCCCCCUACAAAUGCUGAUACACCCUGGCUAUUACAGAGACCCUAUGUAGAAGUGGAACCCAUGGCCCCAUAUGACCAGUAUGCUGGCUUUGUGAUUUUCUAUGACCUUGUUCUGAAUCUGGAUCCCCGAGUGACUGCCUGUAGAUUAAUUGUGGGCCUACAUGGAGUGUCGGCACAAAUGGGUGAGCCGACAUUGAUGCCCACAGUUUACACCGAGCCUGUAACCCGAGGAGGAGCCUACAUGUCAAACAAUUCUAACGCAAUCAUAGGGGCAAGACAGCCUGUGCCAAAGUGUCCAGCAGAUCCAGACCUUGGAAUUGUGGUGGAGCUACAAACAUCCGGGGGACCCGGAUCUGAUUAUGACAAACACAGUCUCAUUACGAGAGCGUGGACUAAGCUUCCUCUCUUUGACAGUAAAGGGCAGCUUCUUGCCGGAAAAUUCCGCAUUCCCUUCAGAAAUGUUCCCAUUAAACCUUAUCUUCACCCUAGUCAACUACAAAACAUAGAUAAGUUCCAGGAUGCUGAGCUAUACUACCGAGUGGUCAACAUGAGGGACAUGGAGGUCCAGUCACUGGUCAAUAUCUCUGCAGCCAACUACAAUCAGUACCGGCCUCCCGCAAUUUCCCCGCUGAAACCUUUCUCACCUCGUGCCCCUCCCACUGCAUCUACAGGGCUAGGAAGCUUUCAUAGUCACGUUCCUGGCUCUCUGCACAAACCUCUCCCUCCUACCUCACCCCCACCAGCAAGAUUUUCUCCCCCUGAGUCCAGACAGUCCAGCCGCCAAGAACAGCGCUUACCCAGUAUCCAGCCUGGCAAGGUCCAGCCACAGGAUACAACAAUCGGAUUCCAGGUUGAUCGAAUCAAACAUGCAGAGAAUGGGGAGGGAAAAGUUCGCUUAACGGCGUACUACGCCUCCACUGGAAAGAUUGUACAGUCAUCCAUUAGUCCUGUAACUUGCAGUACAACUGCAGUCAAAUCAAAUUUCAAACAUGGCUACCAUGUUUUUGGACAACAGGAAGCCACAUUUAAUGAUGUAGAUAUGCAAGGUGAUAUGGUUCUUAUUGCACGCUUUUACUUGAGGAAGAGACAGAGUGAUUUGUCAGAUUUUGCAGCAGACCCAACAAAUGAAGCGACACUAUAUGAUGAGGAAACUUUGGCUGCCUGGUCAGCCAUUCCUCUGGUUCUGUGCACUGAAAAUCUUAGUGUAAGGGGAAGAAGAAAUUUCAAUCCAAAAACAAUGCAGAUCAACACUGGUACACACACCCUGAAGCUGUACUCACCCCCUGUCCCAGAUCCCAGUCGGAUCCCAUUUGAUGAGAUCCCAGGUAACAAUGACUGGAGGAGGUAUGGCAAGGGUACCUUAAGAGUUCACAUCUUCCAGGGAAAUCCCCGCCCUGGCUCCCUGACCCCUAGUGACCUGUCAGAGGAUGGAGAGGAAGUUUUGCCAGAAUAUUCCUGGUUGCCUUGUGAGAGGACAAGGCCAUGUAGAGAUCCUUUCUUGUCUGGUGAUGGUUUUGAUGUUUAUGUGGAUGCUUGUCGAUUUCUCCCAGACUCUGUGACCUUUACAAAGGUGGCAGCACGAGUGUUGGACAGAAAAUAUGAAGUACACGGAAAGGAUAUAAAUGCUACUGUCAAACUGGAUAGUGACAUCUAUAACCCUGUAUAUGAAACCAAAACAGAGUUCAGAGAAAACAACAUCCCACCAUCUUCAACUAUCUUGUUCAAGGUUUACACAGUGGACAAUUUUUACAAACAGUUAACAGUGGUUGGUUAUGCCACUCUGAAUGUGUUUGUGGAAUCGGGGACCGAAAGACAACCCACCAUAGACAAACCAGGGCUUCAGGUGUCACUGAAUGAAGGAGCCCAUCAGUUAAGGUUGUACUGCCAGGGUCCUAAUGGAGUAGACCCCCUUACUGAGUCCAUUCUUAGGGACUCGGGGAUCAGAUACGUACCCUGCGCCUCCCUCCUAAUGAGACUGACCAGAGUAGCUAAGGGACCAUCAGGGAAAGCCUUAGAGCAAAGCAAAGUUCCACAAGCUGAUUGGUUAAGACUGGGCCUGUACCAGCCUAGGCCAAAGUACACAGAUAGGAUUUACUACUCCAUGAAGUGCCUGCCAUCCAAUGGAGAGAGUAAGCUAUUCCAUUCCAUGAUGAGGCGUCCUGCCAUCAAAAUCAGAGAUGCAGUGGCCAAGAUAGCCCAAGCCAAGGAGAGCUUCUACCGCAAUGAUAAAAACCUGGAUGAAUACAUCAGAAAUAAACUUACCAAGGGAGACAACAAGCCUCUGGAUAUAGAUUUAACUUUUAUAAGUCAAUACAGUGCUAAACAGGGAAUAAAGGUUGCUAUUGAUGGUGCUACAAACUUACCCUGGACUCACUUCACACAUGCUCACAUAUGUUUAAAUCCACCCGGGGCUUUUUACAUGGGUGCUCCACAUGCCACGUAUGAUAAGUUGAUGUUCACCGAGUUUCUGGACUUGAAAUCCACCAACACUUCUCCACAGUGGAGAGAUGGAUUCAAGCACUUCCCCAACAGGUCUUAUCAUCGCUACCUUACUGUCAUCAUCCAUCUCCAGGAAGUCCAGGUCACUGUUGCUAAGGAGAACUACAAAUACGGAUUACUGGAACAGGCCUGGACCCCACUACAGGUGUUUACGGACAAUUAUUGCUACACCUCCACCUUCCAGUUACCUCUGUUUGAUGGCUCACCCACUCCUCAGCUCCUCAAACAACUGGCCAGGGAGCCAUGUAAAGACUGGAUGGAGAGAAACAUCCGCAGUGGAACACUCCAUUUAAUUGAGGGAGCUUCAGUCUAUGUCCGACUAGCUGAUGCCAGAAGAGACGAUGAGUUAGCAGGUGAUAUUCCUGGAAACAAACUGCUUGAGGUGAACACUGACUACAUUCCCCCUGAGUGGGAGGAAAAAUAUGCCAGGGAAAAACCAGGAAAACCAUUAGAGUCCAUGGUCCCUCAGGGUAAAACUGCAGAGCAGUUUGUAGAUGGACUGGCCACAAAAUUCAAAAAUUUGGUGUACAAACUAUACGAAGAAGGGAAUGUGAAGUGAAAUGGAACAGAAUGAUAAGAAAGUAUAAUAACUGGCUGCAGACCGUACAGAGUUAAAUUGCUUUUUUUACAGACAGUUGAAGAGUGCAACAAGAAUUCUCACCAGUGCUUUACCUAUUUAUCAUGUUAUGCUAAAUUUUUAUUUAUUGUUAGAAUGCUUUGUGUUCUUUUUCAGUGAUGACCCACAUUCAUGAAGUAGGGUCCUUUAUACUGUACAACCUUUCCAGUGUAUAUUUCACUUCAUUUUCAUAAGUUGUCAUGUGCUUUAAUAUUUAAUAUACAUGUUUCAUAUUAUUUUCUUGUACUUAAUUACAUUGUGUAUUUAUAUUUAUUUUCCUUAUUUAUUGACUUUAUCACAUAAAAGAGUAUAUGAAAAAAUGGAAUAACCUUUGAAUUUGACCAUGACAAACUUUAUACUACGUAUACAAUGUGCAUUGAAGUGGUAAAAUUCUUAGUUGGAAUGGAAAGUUUUAGUCUUUCUAAUUGAGCUUCGAUCGUUACACAAUGACACGACCAUUUCUUUAGAAAGAAAAAGCAAUAUUCAUUGCAAUGUUUUUCACCCAAUUCUGUGUGACUAACAACACAAUUUUGCUGAAAUAGAGGUUUUAUGAAGCUAGGAGAGAGAGGGAGAGACUCCCUGCUUCUGUAAAACAAGUGUGUUGUAAGGAAUAUGUACAUAAUUUAUGUAUUCAUCAUGUUUAUUGAAGUUAUCACAACACAUGUAUCAAUCGAACAAGUGUUUAUCCAGGGUGUUUAUGUACAUGACCAAUCUGAUUGGCUAUUUUAUUUAAAACUAUUUACCUGUCUACAGGUAUUGGAAUGACGCAUGUGAGAAAAUUUUCUCCUUUCUAAAGAAAUGGGCAUUAUUAUGUCACAACCAAUGUUUAAAAGAAAGAUCAAAACGUUCCAUUUAAAUGAAAAAUUUUACCACUUCAAUGCGCAUCAUUGUACUUUGCAUCAUUAUGCCUGUUUGCUUAAAAAUUAAUGGAAGUUCUGUCUGCCUGUGUCAUAUGGAAAUGUAUUUCAUGUAUAAAUGGUACUUCCUUGCCGUUAUUUUAUAUAAAUAUAUGUAUAUAUUCAAGAGAGAGAGAGAGAGAGAGGGGGGGUAUGUAAGUUCCAUUGACGUGUUUUAUGAAUCAUAGAUCUCAAACUUCGUAGGUAAAAUUACAUAUUUAGUGUAUGUCUGUAAAUCUGAUUACAGUACAUGUAUUUACAUGUAUAUUUUUAUAAUUAUUAGAUUUUUUUGUUGUUGUAAUUUUAUGCAUUCAAAUAGCAUUUUAAUAUGACAUUCCCAGACUGUGAUAUUACUAAAAUAUUGAAUAAAUGCUUGUAUGCCAACCUAUAUCAUAUAUU